ACCCCUCCGCCGUACGGGGCGCGAGAGGCCGGCAAACAUGGCGGCCCCCUGCUCCCUUUCCCUGCCCGUGGUUGCCCUGGCCGCCUUGGCGCUCUUGUCUCCCCGCAGCUCCGCCGCUGGCCACAUCGAGGAACAAGCAGAGCAGUUCUUUAGAAGCGGACAUACAAACAACUGGGCUGUUUUGGUGUGCACCUCCCGAUUCUGGUUCAAUUACCGGCAUGUUGCAAACACUCUUUCUGUUUAUCGAAGUGUCAAGAGGCUAGGUAUUCCUGACAGUCACAUUGUCCUGAUGCUUGCGGAUGACAUGGCGUGCAAUGCUCGCAACCCCAAGCCAGCCACGGUGUUCAGCCACAAGAACAUGGAGCUCAAUGUGUAUGGAGACGACGUGGAAGUGGACUACAGAAGCUAUGAGGUAACUGUGGAGAACUUUUUGCGGGUGUUAACCGGGAGGGUGCCUCCUAGUACUCCUCGUUCAAAGCGUCUUCUCUCCGACGACAGAAGCAACAUUCUUAUUUAUAUGACAGGUCACGGGGGAAAUGGUUUCUUGAAAUUCCAAGAUUCUGAAGAAAUCACCAACAUAGAGCUUGCAGAUGCUUUUGAGCAGAUGUGGCAGAAAAGACGCUACAAUGAGCUGCUGUUCAUUAUUGACACUUGCCAAGGCGCGUCCAUGUAUGAGCGGUUUUAUUCCCCUAACAUCAUGGCCUUGGCUAGCAGCCAAGUGGGGGAGGAUUCGCUGUCCCACCAGCCAGACCCUGCAAUUGGAGUCCAUCUUAUGGACAGGUACACCUUCUACGUCUUGGAGUUUUUGGAAGAGAUUAAUCCUGCUAGCCAAACUAACAUGAAUGACCUUUUUCAAGUUUGUCCCAAAAGUCUCUGUGUAUCUACUCCUGGACAUCGUACUGACCUUUUCCAGCGCGAUCCCAAACAUGUCCUGAUAACCGAUUUCUUUGGGAGUGUGCGGAAAGUGGAGAUCACGGCAGAGACCAUCAGCCUGCAGCGGGACCCGCCAGCCGUGGAGAGCAGCGACAUGGAAGACAGGAUGGAGGAGGAGUUCACGGAACCUCUGCAGUACGCUGAACAGCUCCCGGUGGCUCAGAUAAUACACCAGAAACCAAAGCCGAAAGAUUGGCACCCUCCUGGUGGCUUCAUCCUGGGGUUGUGGGCGCUCAUCAUCAUGGUCUUCUUUAAGACCUACGGGAUCAAGCACAUGAAGUUCAUCUUUUAGACUCAUGGAUGUGGGAGAAGAACAAAUGGAAGAUGGCAGCCUUGAAUAAAAGCAUAGAUUUUUAUGUUUUUAAAUAUGUUGCUUGUGUGUAAAUUUGGGAAGAAAUUAGGAAAAAAUGAUUUUAAUGAACGUUUGACUUUAUCAUUAAAAUACUGUUAAUACACUUGUUUAUUAUCCAUUAACUGUUUUCAUUAUGUUUGUGCAUGUGUGUGAUAUAAAGUCUGGGACAGUGACAUUGGAAUAUAUUGGUUGUUUUUGUCCUCUUUUCACUGUGAAAGUAAGAAUUGUGAAGGUAUUAAUUAUCACUAAAAGCGAUAACUUCUGUAAAUAGUUUUGUGUGUGUUCUUUGGGAAUUUUUAUUUAUGUAUAUUUUUCCCCAAUGCCCAGCAUAUACAGAAUAUACCAUUCAUAAUCGUUUUGUUUUAUAACAUAUUAUUAAGAUUUUCCCCCUCCUUGGAUAUUCUUCAAGAAUACUUUGUGAACCGGACAUGGAGGUAUUUGUUAUAAUCCAAACUGCUCAGGGGGCUGGGCUGAGGUCAUGUGAGCCCUCAGGUCAGCCUAAACAAACAACAGCGAAUAAAAGACAUGUAGUGUUCAUGUCAU